AUGUCCAACGCCCUCCCCUUCAACCCACCCGGCGCCCAAAUCAGCCAGUCACUACGGCCUCGCCCGCACCCCACCAUUCUGCAGCCGCCCCGUGCUCCUUCCCAGCAGUAUCUUUCUUUCUACUCCAGCACCGCCCCGGAGGCCACCGAUGCUCUUCCCGACAGGAUGCAAGCCAAUGAUCCAGAAACAAAUUCUUGCGUCACAUUGGUGGUACCUGCGCCCUCAUCCACCCGGUCCAAAAUCGCUCAUGAGGAACCCCCUCUCCCUCCCCACCUCCUUCGUGAUCCUGAUCAAUAUUAUCCUGGAGCUGUCCUUCGCCUCUCCCCGAAGAAUUGGGACGCCUGCCUCCAGCAUUCCGGCUUGCUGGAAACCAUCCCCGAACAAGUCAAACCAUUUGCUUUGCGGGCGUUCUUGACGAAUAGUCGCCACCCCUAA